AUGACAGUCUUCGCGAAGUCGAAUGGCUCUUCUGCUCGGACUGGCCACCUCGGCGUUGACGGCGCUUGUGGCCGGGGGCGCUGCGCUGCUGGGGUUACUGUACGUGUACUUGACAUGGAACUACGAUUUCUGGAAGAAGAGAGGGGUAGCCCAUCCGGCGCCGGUCCCCUUUUUCGGCACCGUCAAGAACUUCCUACUCAUGCGCCAGACCGAAGGCGAGAACCUCCAGGACCAAUACAGGCAGUUUCCCGACGAAAACCGUACCUGCUUGUGCGCGACCUCGAUCUGAUCAAGACGGUGAUGGUGAAGGACUUCGACUCGUUCCACGACCGAGGCUUCCCCGUGGACGAGGAGGCGAUGCCGCUGUCGGCCCACGUGUUCAACCUGAAGGGCCGGCGCUGGCGCGCGCUGCGAGCCAAAAUGACGCCGGCCUUCACCUCGGGCAAGAUGCGCCUCAUGUUCCAGCUGAUGAGCGACUGCGGACACGCGCUCUCCCGCCACCUCGACGCGCCCGCCGCGCGCGGCGACGCCGUGGAGAUGCGCGAGUACCCGAAAGGCUUCUAA